UACAGUUGGCAGGUUGUUAGUAAGUAAGUAAGUACACACACUCUCUCUCCCUCUCUCUCUGACACACACACACACACACACACAUAAGCAGAAUAUGGGCGUGAAUCUGCAGCUACUGUGUAACUGCAGCUCCUACAGUCUGUCUGACUCUGAACGACAACUCCCAAAAUAGUGCGCGAGCCCAGGAAGCCUCGGGGAAAAAAAUGGCUGAAGUAGUUUCACCAAUAACAAGACAAGUGACUAAAGGAGACGAGGACACUCGGUCGCCUCCUGUCGUUGUUCGUCUUCAGGACGUGGAAGAGAGUUUGAUUUACGAUCGGCACGGAGUCUCUUUUCCUUUCAAGAGGUUAUAUCAGGACAGGAAAUCGAUCAUCAUUUUCGUGCGGAGUUUCUUGUGCUACAGCUGCAAGGAAUAUGUGGAUGAUUUGGGCAAAAUACCCAUAGAGACCCUGGAGGAUGCUGACAUUAGACUGAUUGUGAUUGGUCAGUGUGCCUAUCAUCAUAUUGAGCCAUUCUGCGCACUGACCGGCUAUCCUCAUGAAAUGUAUGUUGACCCGCAGAGGUGCAUAUAUGAAAAACUUGGGAUGAAGACGGAGGAGAGGUUUACAGACUGUGCAAAACGCAGUCCUCAUGUGAAGUCUAGUGUGUUUGUGGGCCAAAUGAGGAGUAUAUGGAGGGCCAUGACGAGCCCCAUAUUCGACUUUCAGGGUGACUUGCAUCAGCAAGGCGGCGCCGUUAUUGCGGGACCAGGCUCUCAAGUUCAUUUCUCCCAUUUCGACAUGAACCGCUUGGACCACAUGCCCAUCACCUGGCUUCUGCAGCUCGCAGGAGUGCAGCAGACGCUGGACUUCAGCGACAAGCCAAAGAUCAUCCACGUAUAACCCGCUGGUCACCUUUCUUCACAUAUGUUGCUUGUUUACUUACAUCAACACAACACACUGACAAGUUGCCGGCAUGUCUUAAAUGUUAUUUAUUUAUUUAAACUUUGAUCGACCAAGAAUUGAUGCCUUUUGUUAAGAGGAAUCGGGCCAGAAAGACACUGUAAGAUAUUUGUCACUAAAUUAGAAUUGUCAUAUUGUAAAUAACAUAACAAAACAAAACCUGGAAGAUAGGACUCUGAUUGGAGAUGCCUGCAGGUGUGAUCGCGUGUGGAAGAGGGGUUUGCAUGCACUACCAUUGUCAAGUUUGAAACAUUCCCCUUUCCUUGUGCAGAAUGCAAUAUGUGCUUUGUAAUCAUGUUGAGAUUUUUUUUAAUUUAUUUUUGAUAUUGAUGAAAACAUAAAAAAAAACAAUUGGUAUUUAUUACAAUGUUAACUAAUAACAUAGGACGUGUUUAAUGUGCUUAAAGCUGCAGGACUUUGAAUCGCUUCUAACAGUAGCGAUGAUGAAGUCCUUGUGUUUACUUUAUGG